AUGCUCUUGCUGACCCAGAUUUGGACGCUCUUCGUGCUGCGUCUCCUGGCUACUGUUUUCAUUGACCCUUCCUUUGAGUCCACUGCUGCGUCUGCCUUAGUUGCUGAAUUGGUCGACUUCGCUGCUCACUGUCGUCUAGACUACGCUGCUAGUCUUGUUGCUGAGUCUGAGUCUGUCUGUCCUCCGUCCGUCGGGGGUGAGUGUGCUCUUAGCACGGACGUUCUUGAGGACAGGCAGGAGGAGUUCCAGUGUUUUGCUGCUGCUUUGCCUCAUCUCUCAGCCAUGGACGCAGAGAUGGCUUCCUGGAAGUCCACAGGCACCUACGUCGACGAGGUUCCCCCACCUGGGGCGAACAUCGUCAGUGGCAUGUGGAUUUUCAGGGUGAAGCGGUGCCGGGUUCUCCGCCUGUUUUCAAGGCGCGUUACUCUCCGCCAGGCGACCCGUGAGUGGCACGACACACUGAGGACUACACUUGCGGCUCUUGGGUUUGCUCCUUCUACUGCCGACCCGUCGCUGUUUCUUCGUACCGACACCUCUUUGCCGCCGUUCUACAUCCUCGUGUACGUCGACGACUUGGUCUUUGCUACUCCUGACACUGCUGGACUCGCCCACGUGAAGUCCGAGCUGCAGAAGAGACACACGUGCACAGACCUGGGUGAACUGCGCAGCUACCUUGGCUUGCAGAUCACCCGGGACAGAGCACAGCGCACCAUUACCCUGACUCAGUCACACAUGGUGCAGCAGGUCCUUCAGCGCUUCGACUUCACGUACUCCUCGCCUCAGGCCACUCCUCUGUCUACUCGCCACUCGCUCUCAGCUCUGCCUUCGGAUGAGUCCGUAGAGCCGAGUGACCCGUACCCAGAGCUUGUUGGCUGCCUCAUGUACCUGAUGACCUGCACUCGACCUGACCUUGCAUACCCUCUUAGCAUCUUGGCACGCUAUGUUGCUCUUGGGAGACACCGACCAGAGCACAUGGCUGCAGCGAAGAGGGUGUUGCGCUACUUGUGCAGUACGUCGGGCAUGGGGCUAGUGCUUGGAGGGCGGCGUUCAGUGGUCCUCACAGGUCACGCAGACGCUUCUUGGGCUUACGACCAGGCUACGCAGCGGUCGUCACAGGGUUACACCUUCAGCCUUGGUUCCGGCUCUGUUUCGUGGCUGUCUACCCGCUCAUCUUCUUUUCUCGGCUCCAGCUGUGAGGCCGAGAUCUACGCGGGGGCCAUGGCUGCACAGGAGCUACGCUGGCUCACCUACCUGCUGACUGACCUAGGAGAGCCGCCUCGUUCUCCUCCAGUUCUGUACGUAGACAACAAGGCCAUGCAGGCCUUGUGUCGGGAGCACAGACUGGAGCACAGAACGAAGCACAUUGCUGUUCGCUACUUUCUUGCUCGUGAGCUGCAGCAGCCUGGUCAGCUGCGCCUUGCUUACGUGGCCUCUCAGGCCAACACUGCUGAUAUCUUUACCAAGGCACUUCCGCCUUGUGAUCAUCAGCGCUGCUGUACGAUGCUAGGUCUUGUGCCUACUUGGCCUCACCUGCUCACUUCUUGA